AUGGCUAGAAAGAAAACGGCAAACACAACAUCGGCUCUUGAAAUGGAGUCCUCUGUGCCUCCUAUUGUUGAAAUCAAUUAUGUGGACCCUCUCUUCACUGUGGCCGCUCACCCCAUUAAGCCAAUUAUUAUGGCUGGUUUAGGAACAGGUCAUUUGUACUGCCAUUCAUACAAUGCCGAAAGCCUUGAGGAAACAGUUCAGAAUGAAAGGGAAAAGGCAGAACUUAAAGAAAAGAAUUCGACCAAAGUUUCAAUAUCGUCAAUCAAGAAAAAAUGGUGGAUUUCAAUGGAUAGUCUGGACUUAGGGUCAACAGGCGAUUUCUCUACCAAUUGGAAGACCAAAAGACAUAAAGGAUCUUGCCGAUCGGUCAUUUUUGAUAUUCUGGAGAACUCUACAGGUGAUUUUAUUUACUCUGUUGGCACUGAUCACAUCAUAAAAAGAGCAUCUACUGAGACCGGAAAAGUCACCGCAAAGACAUCAGUCUCGAACCAUUAUGAUGGUAAAGAUGCGAUAACUAAUAUGUGUCUCUCGAGUACCCAUCCAUUCUUAUUGACUGGUACGGAGAAUGGUCAUGUUCUAGUAUUUGACAGCCAUGAGUUGUCAAGUAAGAAGUUAAAAUUCAAGUUGCCAAAUAUCCAUGAAGAUUCGAUCAAUAAAAUAUUACCCAUGCCUGCCAUAUCUGCAUAUCAUUAUCUUACACUUGGAUCCACAACGCUAGCACACAUUGACAUCAGAAAAGGUGUUAUAACCCAGUCUGAUGAUCAAGCAGACGAACUCUUAUCAAUGUGCUACGCUACGGACAGUAUAAAUGCCAACAAGAAUGACACGGUUCUUGUUUCUCAUGGUGAAGGUAUUGUUACACUUUGGAAAAACUCAAACAACGGUCUCGCAGAUCAGAUUUCGAGAGUUAAGGUGAACAAGAAUGCUUCCAUUGACGCCAUUAUCCCAACAAUGAACGAGGGGGUAGAAGAUUUGAAGGACUCUGUCUGGUGUGGAGACAGCGAGGGUAUUCUUCACAGAGUUAAUUACAAGAAAGGAAGGGUCGUCGAGACCAGAGUCCAUUCUUCUGUGAUGGGAAAACUAGGUGGAAUGGACGAAGUUGGUGGCCUCGAUAUUGAUUACGAUUACAGAUUGAUCAGUUCUGGAAUGGAUGGUUUGAAAAUCUGGUCGGGGCAACUGGAAAAAGACCAGCAAGGAGUGCUGGAUGAUGACGAUCUGGAUUCCAGCGUUGAUGAUUCGGACGACAUACACAGCGGAAGCGAUUCUUUUUUUGACAACACAGAUCUGGAAGGAGAAGAAGAGGGAGAAGAAGAGGAAGAAGAAGAGGAAGAAGAUGCGAUAAUUCCAAACAAGGACGAGAAUGACAGCGAAGAAGUAGGCUUUGAUGCAUCAGAAGGAUCUGAAGAUGAAGAAUCGACACCUUCAACACAUUCAACACCUCAGAUUGUGAGAAAAAAGAGAACUGAUAUUGCAACAGUUGUGAUGAAACCUAAAAAGAGAAUGAUUGACAUCAACAAAAUUACAAGAAGCGAACAACUGUCGGAAAGCGGGCAAGAGCAACAAAAAAAGAAACAGAAAAAAGUGAAAACACUGGUUCCAAAUAAUGGAAUUGCCAAAUUUGAUGGUCUUUGA